UUUAAACGUCAUUGUCGUUGUCUGUACCGUGCUGCAGUACAAUCUGUUUUAUAGAACGCGCGCUUGUACGCGCGAUCGUAAAAAAUCGGCAACUAUGCGCCUAGCGUACGCGCACGUUUUCUAAUUAGUCGGUGUCUGGCACUGCAACGAGAGAUGUCGGCGAAUGAUUCUAACGAGCUGAACGCGGUGAUGACGACGUCCACGACGGCGGCGUCUGCGGGGGCUGCAAUGGUCACGACGGCCACGACGGCCACGACGGCUAUGUCGGCCAUAACGGCUAUGACGGCCACGACGGCGACCGAGCCAAUUAUAUUAACUCCUAAAACACUGCAAAAUAUUAUUAAAGCAGCUGUCGUGGCUGCAGUAGGAAGAGGAAGAGGGAGAGGGAGAGGAAGAGGCAGAGGAAGAGGAAGAAGCAGAAGCAGCGGCGAAGACAGAGCAUUGGAUUGCCAAACACAUUGGAAGUAUAAUGUAAGAUACAGACGAGGGAGGACAGCACCAGUCUAUUCCGGGGGGAGCCACGGGAGAAAGACCGGUCCUGAGAGAUCAGACUCGACGGAUGGAGAAGAGGAUAAAAGGAGACGCACGGAGAAAGACGGAGCUUUUUGCUUUUUAGCUUUUUGCCUUUGGCUUUUCGCCUUUAGCUUUUUGUCAAUUAAUGUCGAGACGAAUAAUAGAAAUUUGAGUCAAGUCGAAGAAAGAGUCGUAGAGCGUUAAGCUUUUGUAAAGAGAUAUAUUUGAUAUAAGUUGCGGUGUCGGAUACUAUUGUAUUAUUGUUUAUUUAAAAUAUACAUACUUAUAUUCUUGUUCAUAAUAAGAAGAGUUCACAUUAAUCGCUC